AUGAGGCCAAACACAAUGUCUCUCAAAGACUUUUUAGCAAAUGGCCUACAAUUGUUGGAUAAUGAUAUUGAAGAAAGAAUCAAGAAAGCUUCUUCAAAUGGGAAUGUUUUGCGCUAUGUUUGUGUCAUUGAGAACUCAAGGUGCAAUGUUGGAAUUGAAGAACUACCAAAAGAAUCGGCUUUGGGAAGAUUGAGAGGAAGUGACAAUGUGGUGGAGAUUUAUAAUCGAGCUACAAGGAACAGCCAUUGGUGAUUCAAGGUGCGGGAGCAGGCAAUGAUACAACAGCAGCUGGUGUUCUUGCUGACAUUCUUGAUCUUCAGGAUCUAUUUACAUAAACAACACACCACACACACACACACACACACCACAUCAAUAGUUUGUGAAAUUACCCUUGUGCCCUUGAUCCGUUUUUGAUGCUUCGGUUUGAAGAUAAUUUUGCAAUGCAC